UUAUUGCCCAUUCGGACCAAACAAACAAGCCCAAACAGGGUAUUAGUGAUUUUGAGGGAAAGUAGUGUCCCAUCUUUGGGUGGAGGCUACAAACUCUGGUUGGUGCUUUUGCUGGCAAAAGUGCUAACCAUGGCCCAAACGGACACCACUUGAGAAAAAAUGGCGCAAUUCGUGACACACAUCCAACCCACUUUGGUGGAGGCGGCACACCACCAUUUGCCCCACCACCACAAAGACAGCCACCUGAAGGACCACCACCACCACAAGGACCACCACCACCACGAAAUAAUCGCGGACCACCAUCACAAGGACUCCCACCUGCACCAUAAAGAGCCGCACUACGUCAAGGAGUUUCCCGUACUGCCCCAUCCUCACGUGGAGCAGUCGCCCCACCACGAUCACCACAACGGCCACGAUGGCCAUGACGCCGACCAUAAAUCUAAGAGAGAUUCUGGACACUACAAGGAUUCCUAUGGCGUAAGUCAUACAUUCCAGUUACACUUUGUCGAUUCGCAAGGGAUAUAUCGGGACUACCAUGGGCAUGCUAUUAACAAGGAUGGGGAAAAGGAGAAGCAUAAGAAACACCAUGAAGAUAAGUCGCCCCAUAGGAGUGUGGAGGAGACCAGCAGGCCGAUUCCGCCGCAGUUUAUAGAUUUGCAUGGGCAUGACAACAAAAAUACUGAUGGAAAUACGUCUUUUCUACGCGCUGCGCGCAAUGGUCAGCUUGAAAAAGUCCUAGAACAUUUAGAAUCAAAUAUCGAUAUCAACACCAGCAACGCAAAUGGCCUGAACGCCCUACAUUUAGCCUCCAAAGACGGUCACGUAGAAAUAGUCGAAGAGCUCCUCAAACGCGGUGCUGUCAUUGAUGCUGCCACCAAAAAAGGCAACACCGCCCUCCACAUCGCCUCUCUAGCCGGCCAAGAAGAAGUAGUCAAGCUUCUAGUGACCCAUGGCGCUUCCGUCAACGUACAAAGCCAAAAUGGCUUCACACCACUCUACAUGGCGGCGCAAGAAAACCACGACAACGUCGUCAGGUACCUGCUGGCCAAUGGAGCCAACCAGAGCCUCUCCACAGAGGACGGCUUCACUCCACUGGCCGUGGCCAUGCAACAAGGCCACGACAAAGUCGUCACGGUCCUGUUGGAGAACGACACGAAGGGAAAAGUGCGCCUGCCAGCCCUCCACAUCGCGGCGAAGAAGGACGACAUCAAGGCCGCCAAGCUGCUGCUGGAGAACGAGCACAAUCCAGACGUCACCUCGAAGUCUGGAUUCACGCCACUGCACAUCGCUUCUCACUACGGGAAUCAAUCGAUAGCCAACUUGUUGGUGCAGAAAGGCGCGGAUGUCAACUACGCCGCCAAGCAUAACAUCACACCCUUACACGUAGCUGCCAAAUGGGGCAAAACCAACAUGGUUACCGUCCUGCUGGAGCAGGGGGCGAAUAUCGAGUCGAAGACGAGGGACGGAUUGACGCCUCUGCACUGUGCGGCGAGGAGUGGGCAUGAGCAGGUGGUGGAUAUGCUCUUAGAAAAAGGGGCGCCCAUCAGCUCCAAAACCAAAAACGGGUUAGCACCUCUUCAUAUGGCUGCGCAAGGUGAUCACGUUGACGCAGCGAGGAUACUCCUCUAUCACCGAGCACCUGUGGACGAAGUCACCGUGGAUUACCUGACGGCUCUUCAUGUGGCGGCACAUUGUGGCCAUGUAAGAGUCGCCAAAUUAUUGUUGGACCGACAAGCCGAUGCCAACGCUCGAGCCCUCAACGGCUUUACACCCUUACACAUAGCCUGCAAGAAAAAUAGGAUCAAAGUCGUUGAGUUGCUCAUCAAGCAUAGAGCAAAUAUUGGUGCCACGACCGAAAGCGGCCUGACUCCCCUCCACGUUGCCAGUUUUAUGGGAUGCAUGAACAUCGUGAUCUAUCUCCUCCAGCACGAAGCAGACCCGGAUGUUCCUACAGUCCGAGGAGAAACGCCCCUCCAUUUAGCCGCCCGAGCAAAUCAAACCGACAUAAUCAGAAUUCUCCUUCGCAACGGUGCUCAAGUAGACGCCCGAGCUCGCGAACAGCAAACCCCACUUCACAUUGCAUCUCGUCUUGGAAAUGUCGACAUCGUCAUGCUUCUCCUGCAACAUGGCGCCCAAGUCGACAACACGACGAAGGAUAUGUACACAGCCCUCCACAUUGCGGCCAAGGAAGGCCAAGAUGAAGUCGCCGCAGCUCUCAUUGACAACGGAGCUUCACUUAACGCGACCACCAAGAAGGGAUUUACGCCACUCCAUCUGGCGGCGAAGUAUGGCCACUUGAAGGUGGCAAAACUUCUCCUACAGAAAGAGGCUCCAGUGGACGCCCAAGGGAAAAACGGAGUCACGCCUCUGCAUGUAGCUUCGCACUACGACCACCAGAAUGUCGCGUUGUUGCUGCUGGAGAAAGGAGCUUCACCCUACGCCACUGCCAAAAACGGGCACACGCCACUACAUAUAGCAGCCAAAAAGAACCAAAUGGACAUCGCCAAUACCUUACUGGAGUAUGGGGCUAAGCCUAAUGCGGAAAGUAAGGCUGGCUUUACACCUCUUCAUCUAAGUGCGCAAGAAGGCCACUGUGAUAUGACGGACCUUCUGAUUGAGCACCAAGCCGACACGAACCACCGAGCCAGGAACGGACUCUCGCCUUUACAUCUCUGUGCGCAAGAGGACAAAGUUUCAGUGGCCGAAAUUUUAGUGAAAAAUGGGGGUGAAGUGGACGCGGCAACUAAGAACGGUUACACGCCUCUCCAUAUAGCCUGCCAUUAUGGACAGAUUAACAUGGUUCGGUUCCUGCUUGCGAACGGUGCCAACGUCAAGGCUACUACUUCUCUGGGGUACACGCCGUUGCAUCAAGCCGCUCAGCAGGGUCACACUAACAUUGUCAACACACUAUUAGAGAAUUCCGCAGUGCCCAAUGCGGUCACUAAUAAUGGCCAAACACCUUUACACAUCGCCGAGAAACUGGGUUACAUCACGGUGAUCGAUACCCUCAAAGUGGUGACGCAGCCUUCGUCCCCGACGAGUGCUUCGCCCAUUUCGAAUGACGAAAAAUAUCGUGUGGUCGCGCCGGAAGCGAUGCACGAAACGUUUAUGUCUGACUCAGAGGAAGAAGGUGGGGAGAAUAUUUUGGACGGAUUCGGUACGGCUCCGCAUCAACGACACGUGUACCUCCCCUAUUUCAAUGGUACAACCUUGCUCACCCGAGAGGACACAGUUUUGGGUGACCAAACUUACAGGUACCUGACGGCGGAUGAAAUGAAAAGUUUGGGCGAUGACUCGUUACCUAUUGAUGUAACGAGAGACGAGAGGAUAGAUUCUAAUAAAAUUAUUGCUAAUGCCGAAAACAUGUUGCCACCGCGUCACAUCGAAGACAAUAUCAGUCCAGAACAUGUACAACAAAACUAUGUGGAGUAUAUCAAAAAAUACACCCCUGACAACGUAGAUAUAGACAAACAUCCGAUCAGUAUAGGCUUCUUAGUGUCCUUCUUGGUGGACGCCAGAGGUGGCGCGAUGCGCGGUUGUCGUCACUCAGGCGUUCGUGUGAUUGUCCCCCCAAGAUGUGCCUCAAGCCCUACUAGAAUAACCUGUAGAUACGUACGGCCCCAGCGAACGCCGCAUCCGCCUCCACUCAUGGAAGGUGAAGCGCUGGCAAGUCGAGUCCUGGAAUUGGGUCCCGUGGGAGCUAAAUUCUUAGGACCCGUAAUCAUCGAGGUCCCUCAUUUCGCAGCUCUGAGAGGUAAAGAACGCGAAAUUGUGAUCCUCCGGUCGGACAACGGCGAGUCCUGGAAGGAACACACGGUGGAAGCUACGGAAGAGGUUCUUAACGAAGUUCUUCACGAUAGUUUCGAGGCGGAAGAUUUGAACCAACUGGAAGAUAUAUCCUCCGGGAGGAUAACGCGUAUAGUGACCCAGGACUUCCCCCAGUAUUUCGCCGUGGUCUCAAGGAUACGACAGGAGGUGCACGCCAUCGGGCCCGAGGGCGGGAUGGUGUCAAGUACUGUGGUACCACAAGUUCAAGCGGUGUUCCCCCAGGGAGCGCUCACCAAGAAGAUUAAAGUCGGACUACAGGCACAACCAAUAGAUCCAGAAUUGACAGCCAAACUUCUGGGACACGGAGUGGCGGUUUCGCCCGUCGUGACCGUCGAACCCAGAAGACGAAAGUUCCAUAAGGCCAUCACGCUGAGUAUGCCGGCACCGAGGGCGCACUCUCAAGGGAUGAUCAAUCAGUAUUCAGGAAACGCACCCACUUUACGACUUCUCUGCUCUAUAACAGGCGGCACGACGAGAGCACAAUGGGAGGAUGUUACGGGGUCCACGCCACUGACCUUUGUCAAUGACUGUGUGUCGUUUACGACGACGGUGUCGGCGAGGUUUUGGCUGAUGGACUGUCGAAACGUUGGCGAUGCGACGAAAAUGGCCACUGAACUAUAUAGGGAAGCCAUCCAUGUCCCGUUCAUGGCAAAAUUUGUCGUGUUCGCCAAGCGUGUCGACCCCCUGGAGGCGCGGUUACGCGUCUUCUGCAUGACCGACGACAAAGAAGACAAGACCCUCGAGCACCAGGAGCACUUCACGGAGGUGGCGAAGAGCCGCGACGUGGAGGUGCUCGAGGGUAAGCCGCAGUACAUCGAGUUCGCCGGCAACCUGGUGCCCAUCACCAAGAGCGGCGAACAACUACAAUUCUCGUUCAGGGCUUUCAGAGAAAACCGGCUGCCGUUUUCGGUGCGGGUGAAAGACCAGCACGCGGAGGCGGUCAGUCGGUGCUUGUUCAUGAGGGAGCCGAAGCUGCCCAAAGGGGAGCCUCCGCAGCAGCCGAUCUGUAUAUUGAACAUCGUGCUGCCGGAUGACAUCGUGGUCGAUACCAUCUCCUUGACUGAUAGCGAUUCUGUGAAGAAGAUCGAGAACUUCGAUUAUUACAGGCCGGACCCGCGGUUAGCGGACAUGAGCAACCUCUUAGGUGACGACUGGGUGCCUUUGGCGGCUCAAUUAGGUCUAACCACCUCAGAAAUCAACGUAAUCAAAUCCGAAUACCCCGACAGCGUCGCCAAGCAAGCUCAGUCGAUGUUGAGAAUGUGGCUGUCGCAGUCGGGUAACAAAGCCCAAACCAACACCCUAGAAAGUGCGCUUAGGAGAAUAGGAAGGGAGGACAUCAUACCUCAGUGCCUAAACGUCGAUUAUCCUCCUCACGGGAUCAAGGAGAUAGGAAAACAGAGACUGAUAAAGAAAUUAGAAGAAAACCUCUACGAAAAAGACAUCAUGAAAGACUCAGACAGCGUCGAGUCGCUGAAAAAAGCCGAAGAAGAAAAGAAAAAGGAGAAUUUCGACAAGUACUCCGCCGAGGAAAAGAUCGUCGAAGAGACGUCUGAAGACGAGGAAGAGGAAGACGAAGACUUUAAUAAGACUGUGACGGAAAGACGGCAUCAGAUCGAGGAACGACUUUCUGUCGAUAGGACAGUUCCGGCGUCUUCGCAACGUGUCGAAAUUGUCCAGGAAAUCAGUUCUAUCAAACGACAGAGCUUGGUAGAGAACAAAAUAGCAGAAGUCGAAUUAAAAGCCGGGGAGGUCGUUGACGGACAAAAAACCACAAUAACAUCGAACGAAGUGACGAUCUCGCCGGUUAUUGAAAAGGUGAUGGUGGAUGGAGACAGACGGGACUCUGAAUUGUUGGAAGGUGUAACGCACAGGUUAGAACAGAAAAUGGUGAAGAAAAUUAUCUCGACAGAAGAUCCAAAAUCGCCAAAAGUAUCGAAGACUCCACCACCGAGUCCUGCCGACUUCAUAACCAAAGAACAGGCAGCCGCAAUCCAAGAGUGGGAUGUCUCAAAGAAGUCAGCAUCACAAGAAGAAGCACCGCUCUCACAGGACGCAGAGCAGCAAGGAUUAUCAACCACGACCGAACGUUUAGUAGCUAGUAACGAAGAGACAUUGCUAGACAAACCUUUAGGCCAGCAGCUUACUGGUUUAUCUGUCAUUGACGAUUAUUUAGUAACCGAUUUAAAAACCGUUUGCGAACAAACUAACGCUUUUAUCCAAUCUGAGUCACAACCGGAACCGUAUGACGCGCUUGCGGACAAAUACACUAGAAAAGAGCCCAUAAACGAGAAAAAGGUAGACGAUAAUAAGAACAACAUGAAUGAAAAGAAGAAAGCCAAAAAGGGUUUCUUUGGUUCGAUUAAAACUUUCGUCGAGAGGUCGUUCGAGUCCGAUUCUGAAUCAGAAAAAUCACCCAAAAAGUCGAAAAAACCUAAAAAGGACAAAAAGAAGAAACCGAAGGAAGAUACCGCGGUAGGUGAGCAUGCUUUACCACCUAGAAAGCCCAAAUUGCCGACGCCACCGUUAGAACCUAGCGACAUCGACAGCAUACCUUUUGUCGAAGCUUCGGUUUCUGAUUUACCACCACCAUACAAACCACCUGACAUACCAAUCAAAGAAGAGCAAAUUCCGGUCACCGACCUUGACGCAGACAUUGAAAUCAAGCAAGUGGAAGUGGAAAAGAAAACUGUUGUCGAGGAAAAGGAACCUGAAAAACUCUCCAAACCAAUUACUGACGACAAGGACAAGGAUAAACCUAAAACGAAGGAAAAGCCGAAAGAAAAAGAAAAGAAGAAGAUAAAAGGAAAGACCGUUAUUGUCGAAGAAGUAACGAAGACGAUUCAACCGUUGGUAAUAGAAGCAGAAGAAUUUUCCAUAAUAGUAGACCCGACCAAGAAAGAAUCUCCUAAAAAAUCGAAGGAAACAUUUACCAUCAACAUCGAUGAAUCCAUAGAGAUAAAAGAGAAGGAAAUUUUGGAAAAAUCCCCAAUUUUACCAGAAGAAAAGAUCGUCAAACCAUUGGCAGCUCUGGAAAUGCAACCUGAAGUACCCAUACGACCACCACGUACUAAAGAUCACAUCUACGAAGACAUUGAGGAACCAGCUGUAACAAUUCCUCAAGAUCGGGUCAAAGACAUCACUACGGAUUUAAUUCAGAACGAAAUCAAUUUUGGCGGGUGGUCGGAUGUUCCCGCAGUUCCCGCCAAGGUUGACAAGGAGGACGAGCCACAAAAGGAAAUAGUCGAGAAACACGACAAAGAAGUUCUGAAAGAAAAAGAUGUUAAAGAGAAAGCCGAGGAAGAAGUCAAGAAGAAAGAAGAAAAGAAAGGCGGCUUCUUUGCUCUUUUUAAGAAAAAAGAUUCGAAGAAAGAAGAGGAAGCUCCUCCAGCGGAUCAGGACGAAAAAGUAGUGGAGAAGGUUAAGAAACCAGAACUUUCCGAAGCAGUGGUUCAAGAUAUGAAUGAUUCACAACAAUUUUUAGUAGGUGAAGUCCAAAAUUACCACGACGUUCGACCAGUAACUUCACCCACGGGAGAAGCUGUUAGUGCGGGUGUUGUUGCUGCUGCUCCCGUUAAACCCAUCAAAGAAGAAAAAGUGGAAGAAACGAAAGUGGAAGAAACAAAACUGGAAGAAGUAAAGGUUCAAGAACCAAAAGCACAAUCCGAAAGCUUUUUCGGUUUGUUUAAAAAACAAAAGAAAGAAGAAAAAGUACCAGCUGAAAAGAAAUCAGAUCCAACCGAAAAGAAGCCCAAGAAAGAUGACAAAAAAGUAGACGAAAAGAAAGUAGCAGUUGUUCUAUCGGAGGAGGUUCUUAAAAACAUAUUGGAUUCGAAACGGUUUCUGGAAGGCGAAGUACAAAACUAUCACGAUGUUAGACCUGAAAAGCUUCUAAUAGAACAGACCGUGGAACCCAUAUUAGAAGUGACAAAGGAACCUCUUUCACCGAAAGAAGUUGUCGACGAAAGAUUAUCGACAAAACCAGGUAAAGGACUAGAACCUCCACCGAAGAAAGCUCCCGAUGGAAAGAAAGAAUCUUCACCCAAGAGGACAAUUGAUGAUUCAAAAGAACCUUCACCGAAAAAAGCGGUCGACGAUAAACGAGAAGCAUCACCCAAGCCAUCACCAGGAUUCUUUGGACUGUUCAAGAAAUCUAAGAAGGACGAACCUGAUGCCGCAGAAACCACCAGAGUGCUUUCGGAGCAAGUUGUUAAAGAGAUGGAAGAAACGGAUCAGUUUUUAGUGGCCGAAGUCGAUAACUAUCACGACGUCAAACCCUUGGUUCACGAAAAAGUUAUCGAAAAACCCGUUGCUGAAAAACCUGUUGUUGAAAAACCUGUCGUUGGAAAACCCGUUGUUGAAAAACCUGUUGAAAGUGUUAAAGUCGAAGCCGAAGCUGCGGAAGCACAAGCACAAUCUGGAGGUUUCUUUGGCCUAUUCAAAAAGUCUAAAAAGGAUGACGAAGUCCAACCACCAAAAAUUAUAUUAUCAGAAGCCACUGUCAAGGAUAUGUCUGAUACGAACGAAUUCUUGACCGGAGAAGUGCAAAAUUAUCAGGACGCUCGUUCUGUACCAGAAAAAGUAAUCGAAGAGGGAAAAGCGACAGAAUCUGAUGAACAACCAUCUUCUGGUUUCUUUGGGUUAUUCAAAAAAACCAAAAAGGAAGAUGAAAAGAUCGUACCGGAAGUAAAGAAGGAGGACGUGGAACUCCUUGCUAGUUCCGUUGAAGAAAAAGUCUGUAAAGUCAUUGCAGCCGAAGAAGACAAAGCUGCGAAGGUAGUGGAAGAGGUGAGGGAAUCGUCACCAAGACCAGCACCAGGUUUCUUCGGUCUCUUCAAAAAAUCGAAGAAAGACGAAGAAGAAAUAAUUCCAAGCAAACCACCUCUCUCAGAUUCUGUUGUAAAAGAUAUGGAUGACAGUAAUCAAUUUUUGUCAACCGAAGUCGAUAAUUAUAACGAUGUAAAACCAGCCAAGUUUGAACAGAUUGAAAUUACGAAGAGUCCGGUGGCCGUGGAGUCAUCACCAAAACCGUCUAGAGGCGUAUUUGAUAUUUUCAAAAAAUCGAAAAAGGAUGAAUCUGUUGAAUCUGAACCGUCUGUUACGGAUACUGUUGUAAAGGAAAUAAAGGAUGUUGAACAGUCCGUAAAAGGUGAAGUAGCUGUCCAAAAAGAGAAAAUUUCAGCCGAAACUGAAAAAGUCACGAAAGUAGUAGAAGAGGGAGUUGAAUCUUCACCGAAAUCAUCUCGCGGUCUUUUUGGCAUAUUUAAGAAAACGAAAAAAGACUCAGAAGAAGCUACUGAACCAAAAUUUGUAAUUUCUGAAGCUGCACUACAGGCUAUAAAUGAUACAAAUGUAUUCUUAACCGGUGAAGUUGAUAAUUAUCACGACGUGAAACCUGAGAAGUUCGAAGCAAUUGAGGAAGACAAAAUUGUUAAAGCUGGUGAAGAAGCACUUGAAUCGUCACCAAAACCAUCUCGUGGACUGUUUGGAAUAUUCAAGAAGUCGAAGAAAGAUCAGGAAGAAGUAGCUGACACUAAACCUAUUCUUUCUGAAAGUGUCCAAAAAGAAAUGGCUGAAACUGACACAUUCUUAUCAGUAGAAGUUGAACACUAUGAGGAUGCUGAACCCAUAAAAGAGGAAAAAAUUGCUAAAGUCGAAGAAAGUAUUGAAUCGUCACCAAAGCCAACCAAAGGCUUGUUUGGUAUGUUUAAAAAACCCAAAAAGGAAGAGGAGGUUUCAUCUGGAUUGGUUCUGUCGGAACAAGUGGUUCAAGAGAUGGAGGACACAAAGCAGUUUUUGACGGGAGAAGUUGACAACUAUCACGACGUUAAACCACAGAUAAUAUCUGAAGAGGAAAAAGCUACAAAAGUAACACAGGAAGACAUUGAGUCGUCACCAAAAGCAUCGCGUGGUCUUUUUGGUAUUUUUAAGUCGCCGAAAAAAGAUAAAGAAGAACCAUCUCAACCUAAAAUUAUUCUUUCUGAGGAAACCCAACGAAACAUUGUAGAUACUGACCGCUUCUUAACCGAAGAAGUGGAAAAAUAUCACGAUGCUAGACCCGUCGUGGAAGGAACAGUUUCAGAAGCUCCAGAUGAAAUAAAGGAACCUUCUCCAAAACCAACUACUGGUAUAUUAGGUAUGUUUAAGAAAACAAAGAAAGAGGAAGUCGAAAUUGUCGAGAUAACCGAACCUCUUGUUGACACCGUGCAACAAGUCACUGAUGACACUAAGCAAAUAGUGAUUGAAACGAAGCAAACAGUAGUAAGUGAAGCAGAAAAGAUCGAGGAUGUGAAACCUGUAAAAAUUGAGGAAGUUACCCAGGUUGUAACUAUAACAGACGGUCAAGACAUUGAGCCAAGACCUGAAGUCAAGGGCGGAUUUUUGUUUAAAUUUAAGAAGACUAAAAAGAAACCCAGCUUAGCAGAAACGCAACUAUCAGAAGAAGUACAAAAAAGUGUAGAUGACACUAAAAGCUUUUUAUCAACCGAAGUGAAAAAUUACGAAGAUGCUAAACCACAAAUUCCAACGGAUGAUAAAAAAGAGGAGAAAACAGUUACAUUUGAAGCAACUAAAUCAAAAAUGGUCCUUGAGGGUCAUCUUCCUCAGCCAGAAGUUGCCCAAGUUGUUGACGUCAUUAAAGCUGAAGUGACAGAUGUGGUUAAGGAAGUUCAUGAAGAGGUUAAAGAAGUAGAGGAUGUAGUGUUACAGGAAGCAACGGAAGUUCAACAUGUCAUAGAACCACAAGACACUUCCAAGAAAGAGAAACCAGCGAAAGAUAAAAAAGGAUUUUUCCAUAGAUUUGGCAAAAAGAAGUCGCAAGACACCUCAUUUGAUGAAGCUAGAGGUAGAUCGAUAGAAGAAAGUGAGGGUUCUCCAAAGAAGCAAAAAAGACGAAAGAGUAGUAGCCCAUUUAAAUUCUUCGAUAAAAUGAAAAAGAGUGAGGAGGAUGUCAAAGAGAUGGAGCCAUCUGUGGAAGUCAAAAUUGAUGAUGUCACAAAAGAAGAAGUUAAAGAAGAUUUACUGGCCGUAGAAUUUGAAGAAGAACCGGCGAUGGAUUUAAGUAAGGAGGUUCUAGGCAGUCUCGAUAAAAAAAUGGAAGCACUGAAACGCAAAUACACCCCUGAAGUUCAAAAACAAAUGAAUGAUUGUCGCGAUUUCUUAUUUAUUGAAGUUGAUAAUUACGAAGAUGCUAAACAACUUGUGGUCACCGAUAUAGAUACUGGAUUAUCUACUGAUGCUGGAAAAACAGUAGAUGAUAUCAUUGAAAAAGCCGCAAAAGUAGUGGAACAUAGUAAGGUUCCUGUGGAUGCUGCAAAGUCGGAAGCUAUUGCCUCUGCAGAAAAGAUAACUUCUCAAGUGGAAGACACUGCCCGAAAAACAUCAAAGAAAGCUGAGAAGAAAUCAGGAGGAUUUUUCUCAAAGUUGGGUAACUUAAUAUCUGGUACCGUGGACGACUCUAAAAGCGAACUGAAAGAUGCUAAGAAGAGUGCUGAAAAGGCAGCUGAUAAAACAAAACAGUCUGUAGAAAAAUCUGUGGAUUCUGCAGCUAAAAGUGUGGAUAGUGGCGUGGAGAAGAUGAAAGAAAAAACAAAGGAAGCACAACAGGUAGCUAGUGAUAAAGUAACUGAAACCAAAGACGGUGCUAAAGAACUGCAAGAAGCAGCAGUGCAAGCCACUAGAGAAAAGAUUGAUGAAGUUGCUGCCGCUAAGGACAGUGCUAAAGAUAAAACUGCGCAGAAAAUUGAUGAUGCGAAGCAGGAUGUGAUGGCACUGAAGGAAUCUUUAUUGGAAGUAACUGCUAAAACUGGACAAAAAUUGGAUUCUCUGAAGAAAGACAUCGCUGUUAAAGCAGAACUUGCUGCUGGUGAAGCAAAGGAAGUCAAGGAUUCUGUAGCUGCAAAGUCGGAUGGUGUGAAAAAGGAGGUCGAAGCAGCAGUUCACAAAACUAAAGCCGACGUGCAGAAAUCAGCGCAAGAAAUGCACGAUAUGACCAGUACAAAAAUUGAUGAGAUAGAAAAGACUAAAGAAUCAGUUCAAAGCAAAGUAGAAGACGCUGCAAAAACAGCUGCAGAAGAAACUAGUAAAAAGUUCGUUGAUUUUAGAGAAGGUGGAAGUGAGCUGAUAUCAGGGAAAGUUGCGGAAAUAGAAAAAGCUAAAGUGGAUGCAACUGAAGCAGUUACUGAAAAAGGAUUAAAGAUGAAAAAGGACCUUGAAACAACAGCCGAAAAGGGGAAAGAAACCGUUGCAGGAGCAUUAGGCAAAAUUGUCGAUUCGACCACACAGAAAAUUGAGGAGAUGGGAAAAGUAAAAGAUGCAACGGUCGAAACGGCCACGAAGAAAGUGGAAGCAGCAAAAGUAGAAACAGAAUCGAAAGCUCAGACGUUCACUGAUGCAGCGGCUUCAAAACUGGAUCAAAUUCAGUCAGCAACGGAUGCAGCAAAAACCGGUGUCGAAACAAAGGCAUCACAUGUUCUUGACACAACAGGCAAGUACACCCAGGAUAUUAAAUCCCAAGUUGAAACAACUACCCAAGAAGCAAUAGACGGUGUUAAAGGAAAAGCCGAUGUCUUAACCAAAACAAAGGACAAAAUUGUUGAAGAUAUUCAAACGUCAGCUGCUCAAAAAGUCGGAGAGCUUGUAGCAACAGGAGAAAGUGCUAAAACUGCAGCUGGCGAAAAAAUUGACACCGUUUCUAAAGCAGUUACGCAAAAAACUGAAGAUUUGUCAAAAGGAAUACGUGAUUCCAUUGAGCAGAAAACGACAGAAGUGAAGCAAGCGAAAGAUGAUGCGGCAAAAAAGGUCGACGAUUUCGGUAAAGCAGCAUCACAAAAGUUCGAAGACGUAAAAAUACUGAAGCAGGACAUUACUGAUAGAGGUGCGAAACAAUUAAGUGAUUUCCAGAAGACAGGUGAAGGUCUUCAAAAAGCAGCUGCUGACAAAUUUGACCAACAAAAAGAAAAAGUUACCGAAAAGGGAGCGGCUGCUGUUGAAAGCUUGCAGGCUUCAAUACAUGGUAAAGUUGGCGAAAUUCAAGAAACAAAAGACAAGGCCGCCGGUGCGAUUGCAACGAAGUUUGAUGAUGUAAGUAAAGUGGCGUCACAGAAGGUUGACGCUUUUGAAAAAGCUAAACAACAAGCAGUGGAUAGCGCAACGGACACGGUAAGCCGCCUAGAAAAAACUGGAGAAGAAGUUAAAAAAGCGGUUGGAGAAAAAGUCGAUCAGAAGCGCGAAGACGUUGUUCAAAUUAAGGAUGACAUAAAAGAUGCCUCAGGACGAAAACUAGAGGAGAUCAGCAAAAUAACUACUGGAAAAAUAGAUGCUUUAGCACAUGGUAAGAAACAGGUCGAAGACUUCAUCGCACGAGAAACUAGUGAGGCAAUUAAAGCCGAACAAGACAUUAAAAAAGCAGCGAGUGUUAAAGUUGAUGAUGUUAAAAAAGCAGCGACGGGAAAAAUUGAUGAUCUAGUACAAAUAAAAGAAGCUGUUAAGGAAACAGGUGCACAAAAAGUUGACGAGCUAAGAAAAACAGCUGCUGAUAAAGCUGAAGAUGUUGCAAAAGCAAAAACAACUUUGGAAACACAGGCUUCGCAAGCAGCUGGUGAUUUCAUGUCAGCCGCUUCACAGAAAAUUGGUGAAACUAAAGAGAAGUUGAAAGAGGAUACUUCAAAAAAGGUUGAACGUAUGGACGAUCUACUUACAGGAAAAAUUGAUGAUCUGGUACAAAUGAAACAAUCUGUUAAGGAAACCGGUGCACAAAAAGUUGAGGAGCUAAGAAAAGCAGCUGCUGAUAAAACUGAAGAUGUUGCAAAAGCGAAAACAACUGUGGAAACACAAGCUUCACAAGCCAUUGGUGGUUUCAUGUCAGCGGCUUCACAAAAAAUUGGUCAAACUAAAGGAAAGUUGAAAGGAGAUACUUCAAAAAAGGUGGAACGUAUGGACGAUUUGCUUGCAGGAAAAAUUGAUGAUCUGGUACAAAUAAAAGAAUCUGUUAAAGAAACCGGUGCACAGAAAGUUGACGAGCUAAGAAAAACAGCUUCUGAUAAAACUGAAGAUGUUGCAAAAGCGAAAACAACUGUGGAAACACAAGCUUCACAAGCCAUUGGUGGUUUCAUGUCAGCGGCUUCACAAAAAAUUGAUCACACUAAAGAGAAGUUGAAAGAAGAUACUUCGAAAAAGGUUGAACGUAUGGACGAUCUACUUGCAGGAAAAAUUGAUGAUCUGGUACAAGUAAAAGAAUCUGUUAAGGAAACCGGUACACAGAAAGUUGACGAGCUAAGAAAAGCAGCUGCUGAUAAAACUGACGAUGUUGCGAAAGCGAAAACAACCUUGGAAUCACAGGCUACACAAGCCAUUGGUGGUUUCAUGUCAGCGGCUUCACAAAAAAUUGAUCAAACUAAAGAAAAGUUGAAAGAAGAUACUUCAAAAAAGGUUGAAGGAAUGGACGAUCUACUUACAGGAAAAAUUGAUGAUCUCAUGCAAAUAAAACAAUCUGUUAAGGAAACCGGUGCACAAAAAGCUGACGAACUAAGAAAAGCAGCUGCUGAUAAAACUGAAGAUGUUGCAAAAGCGAAAACAGCCUUGGAAACACAAGCUUCACAAGCAGCUGGUGAUUUCAUGUCAGCAGCUUCACAGAAAAUUGGUCAAACUAAAGAGAAGUUCAAAGAGGAUACUUCAAAAAAGGUUGAACGCAUGGACGAUCUACUCACAAGAAAAAUUGAUGAUGUGGUACAAAUAAAAGAAUCUGUUAAGGAAACCGGUGCACAAAAACUUGACGAGCUAAGAAAAUCAGCUGCUGAUAAAACUGAAGAUGUUGCAAAAGCGAAAACAACUUUAGAAACACAGGCUUCACAAGCAGCUGGUGAUUUUAUGUCAGCGGCUUCACAAAAAAUUGGUCAAACUAAAGAGAAGUUGAAAGAAGAUACUUCAAAAAAAGUGGAUGAUAUUUCUAAAACGAAGAAAUCUCUUGAAGACAUCGCGGCUCAAAAAAUCGACACUGUGAAAGAUGCCGCAAAAUCUGAAGUAGAAUACAUUAGUAAAACUGCUUCUAAACAGGUUGACGAUCUAUUCCAGAAAAAGGAAAGUAUGGAGAAAUCGUUAGCCGAAAAGAGUAAAGGUAUUGUAGACGAUUUAUCCGGAAAAAGAGACAAGAUAACUGAUGAAUCAGUUAAAGCAAAACAAGAAGCUACAGAUGCUUUAAAGGGUUUUAUGGAACAAAAAAUUAGUGACAUUACCACCAUCAGCGAGGAUGCAUCAAAAAAAACAAGUGGUCUUCAAGAGGAGGUGUCUCAAAAAAUUGCCGGUGUUACAGAAGAUAAAGACGCUGCAAAGCAAACUGCAGCUCAAAAAGUAGAUGAAAUUUCUAGGACGGGUGCCGCUAAAGUUGACGAAUGGUUAACAAAAGGGGAUUUGUUUGCCACAAGUACCGCCAAGAAAACUGAGGAAACAGUGCAAAAAAUGGAGAAACCUUUAAAAACCGUACAAGGAUUACCUUCGGCGAAAUUGGAAGAUGUGGCCAAAACUAAAGAUACAGUUAGUGGUGCGUUCAAACAAGAAGUUGGUGAUGCGACCAAAGUAAAGAAAAGUAUUGUGGACGAUUUAACAAAAUUAGAGUCAGCAGUUAAAGAUACGUCAGUCAAAAUCAUAGAGGAACUAUCUAAAAAGAAAAAACCGGCUGAAGCUGUCGUUGCGGAUGUAGUAGAAGACAAGAAAAAAGCGGCAGCUUCAGAAAUGAUGGAACUUGAUGAUCAGUUAGCACAAUUAACAAGUUCUUUGGACCAGUUGUCCGAACCUGUUAUUCAGCAAGGUGAAAAAAUAACUUCAUAUGUGACUUCUCCAACAAUGGCAAGACGUGCGGAGUCACAGCGGUUUUCACGGGAAGAGCGACCAACCGUCCGAGAAGUAAAAAUUAUGCAAGCAGACGACGAAAGUGAUGAAGAGAAAUAUACAGUUACGGAACCGGAAGAAGCGCAAGAAAAGAAACGUAAACCGCUUUUUCACUUAGAGUCUGAAGAAGACGACCCUGUUGAGCUAGCCAAAAUGAAAGAUAGGCGAGACAGUGUAAGGUCCAAUGUUUUGGAGACUUUAACGGAGAAUAAACUCGAUAAUUUGUUGAGCGAUUUGGAAAGUCAGUUGGUUAAAGAUUUGGAGAGGUCGGUGACCGAAGGAAGCGAAAAAACAGAGGAAAAAGAGAAAGCCGGAAGCACGUUAAGUAAAGCUGAAUCGGAGUUGGAAGAAAUUAAAAAAGACUCGCAAGCCGACGUCGAACAAAUUGAACAGAAAUUACGUGACUUGGACAAAGCGUUAGAUUCAUUAGAACAAGCGUCCGACCCUAAGCUCGAGAAAAAGCUGCAUAGGGUCGAACGCAAGUUCGAACGGAUGGCGUCCGAAGUAAUGGACAAAGACGGAGCCGGAGUGUCGCCGACUGAAGUCGAGGCGCAUCGUGAGCACGAAUUUCAAAAACUCGUCUCUCAACUAAGCACUGAAGAGGUGUCAGACUUCCAGAAAGAAUACAGUCAUUUAUGGGAUGAGACCACGUUCUCAAAAAGCGACGAUUGGGACUCAAAAACCCCCGACAGUCAAGUUGACGUGCAGGAACUUCCUCAAGAAACCACCUGCGCGCCAACACUAACCGAAGAAAUAAAAACAAUACCCCAACCCAAACCCCGCUUUGCCAAAGAAACACCACCGCUACAAUUCAAAGAAGGACGACAACCCAAACUCGAAAAACAAAUUUCACCUGUCAGGGACGAUUUACUCGAUGAGGAGGAGCCGGCGGUACCCGAGACUUAUUCCGACAAGAAAAAGUUCUGGGAGAACGUGACCAAAGACAAACGAAUGAGUUUGCACGAAGGACCAACUCCCGAGAAGGACUUGGUGAAGAAGAGGGUUUCGGUGCACGAAGUUCCUAUUCCGAAACCUCGUUCUCAAGUACAAGUUACGCCAAGCAUAGAGGAGGCGGCACCGUCCAAAAUAGAUGAGGAGCCAGAAACCAAAAUCAUGUCGGAAUACCAAGCCUCAUUCCAGCCGCCGAGCGAACGCAAAUCUAAAUCACCGCCCAAAGUCGAAUCAGACAAAGAAAGUACCGAUUCGGAAUCGGACAAUCUCGCUCACAGUGGUACCAACGAGAACGCCGGUUACAUUUCGGACAGCGGAGAUGUGGAGCACUACAUUUCCGAUUCCGAAAUCGAAGAUCGUGUCCCACAAAUUAGGGAAAGACAGAUGAGCGUUUUCGCGCCACCUGUAGCGGCAGCUCGUAAAACCAUCUACGAAAGAUCUGCUUCGUUGCCUACUGAGGAUAUGUACGAAGUUUCAGCACGAAGCAUCAAAUUACGGAAACAGUAUUACGAAGAACAGAUCAAGAAGGAAAUGAUCGAAGAGCAGCUAACGAGCGAAAUCGAAGAGGAGCCCUCACCUGAACGCAAAACGUUGAUCGGCUCCUUGGUCCAGCAAAUUAGCGAAGAGAAAGUGCCCGUUUUAGAUAUAGCGAGAUCCUUCGAUGAGGCAACGAAGAAGGAAGUCUCUUUUGAAGAUCACCGUCAAGCGCACAAACCCGAAAAGACUAUAACGCACAUUGAGGAUGAAACACCGAUUUCACAACAAUUCCAAGAAACGCACAAAGAAAUCGAUGUUGAUGCUCAAACCAAACGGUCCUCUUUAGGUUCAGAACAGAGUUCCUCGUCGGAUAUUGACAGGGUGACGAGGAACGGAAGUACUUCAAAGCCCGAUUCUAUGGAAGUACACGUAGACAAGAGCGAAAUAGAGGAUUCAGAAAAACUUGCCGAUUUAGACCAAGACGCUACCGAUCUCGAAACAAAAUCAUUAGAUUCUCUAAACGCUGUAGAGAUGUCACCAAAGUCGGCGACUUUCGUUGAUGAUAGUAUACCCGAAAUCACCGUAACUCUGUCCGGGAAACAAAGACGAAUUAGUGAGGAAAGUGAUGAGUAUGCACCAAAGUCAGACAAGAAAACAGAAUUGGAUUCACCCAUACACGUUCCUGAAGAACACGUCGAGGACACCGUUUGGGAAGUAUCGGUUCAAUCCCAACCGGAAGCUCAUUUUGACGAGAAAGUGACUUCGUUUGAUGGAGCACCUGUCGAAAAAAUUGACGAAGAUCUAAGUUUGAGCACUCGGGAUGAAUCUGAUUUAGGGUCGGAAAUACAUCAAGAUCAUUCUGAUUCUUACGCCUCUGAUAAAAUCAAAUCGGAAAGUCACAGCGAUAUUGAAAGGAUCAUCAUGGAUAGCCUUCAACAUCAAAAGGUUGAUCCGAUUGAAGCGAAAGCAAUCGCAAGUGCUUUGAUUGAAGAAAUCGAGGCCGAAAUACAAAGACGCGAGUGUUUGCCACCCGCCACCACGACAGGAGAGGUGUCGGAUUAUUUGAAAUACUUAGCUGAAACGAAGGGAUUAGAUGAAAGAGAGGUAGAACUAGUUGAAUCAGUUUUGGCAAGGCGUCAACGCGAACUCGCCAAGUUGUCUCGUGGUGAUACUCAAGCAUCCAGCAUUGAAAUCACAGACGAGGACUUGAAGUACAGUGGCACGGAAGGAGACACCACACAUGUUCUUGAACAACAGAUAAGUCAACUUAAAGCUGAAAAGUUGGACGAUAUCAAAUCGAUGACGUUAUUGGAUAAAAUAGACGAGAAACAUACCGAAGAAACACACUUAAGUAAGGACUACGAAACAGUGGAAGGUGGUAUCACGACAGGAUUGAAAAGUGAAGUACAUACUAAAACGUUUGAAAGUAUUAAAGGCGAAAAAUCCGAAGCCAAAGACAUAAUAUUCGAGGAAGAUGAAACAAUCUCGGAAUCUGUUGGUCAAGAAAGCGAACAACUGGAAACUCGUGUUGAGGCCGUGACGUCUGAAAUGUUGCAUAAGAAAGUCAAAGACAUAGAGGUCGACGAAUAUAGAGAAACCAGCGUCGAUGUCAGUAAGGAAAAAACUACUGACAUUACUACUAAAACCGUUGAAACAGAAGGCGAAGACGUGCAUAAACGAAAAAUCGAAGAUGCUACCCACGAAAGAGACAUUACCAAAUCGAUCAUCAAGCAUCACGUCGACAUGACUGAAAAGUCACCUACUGAUGAAGUAAAACUAAAAGGAGAAAUCACCUGUGAAGAUUAUUUGUCGAAAGAAGAUACAAUAAAAAAAGAAGUUACAAGUGAAACUAAACAAGUUGAUGGUGUCGCUGUGGAGAAAGAAGAAGCACUUGAAAAAUCACGCACCACAACUAUACAAAAAGAAGUAAUCGAUCAAGAAACCGAAGUACGGACGCUCAAAGACGAAGAUAGUGUUGUUAAAGAAAGCAAGAUUAGUAGCAAAGUAACCUCGACGGACGUCAUUCGCGAAUUAUCAACGGUUACUGAAAUUAAAGAGAAAAUCGAAGUUAUUGAUAUAGAUCCAUCUUUACUACCCGUCGAAUUAGAUGAGGUCAAAACAGUAAUCGAAAAACACGAAGAAAUCAAACGAACUUCUAGCAGCGAAUCUAAGUCGAGCGUCGAAUCCGGGAAAUCUCCAGAGGAUCAAUUCUCGACGUGUUCCUCAGGACGUAAAGGUGACUCGGAUUCAUCUAAAGUACUUGAAAAACCAGAAGUACUGAUGAGGAAAACAUCCACACUUCAGAAGGCUGAUCGAAAAUCGGGUAUCGACUUCGAGGCUUAUUCAAGUUCCGGUGAAAGUCACUACCACAGUUUUGAACUAGACAGUGGAAAAAGUCGACCUUGUUCUUCCGAUGUAGAGGGACUCGUAGCAGCUGGAUCUUCUGAAUACGAAAGUGCGUUGACUUCCCAAGAUUACUCAAGCAGAUCGCACAUCACCUCUACUGAAUAUCAUACAGCAGUGAGUAGUUUGAGUUCUAAAGAAAGCAUGAAAAGUUUGGACAGUGAGAGUUCCGGGCAUCUUGGAAGCGUAGAAGUCUCCGAACUGUCAGAAACUUUGGUACCUUCGGCUAGCGAUGCAGAAGGCGAUAUUCUGGAUGCAGUCGACCAGUUAGACGAUGGACCUUGGAACGAGGAAAUUAUGGAUGAGCCCGCGGAUACCCAAACGAAAAUGAAGAGGUCCUACGAGAUGACAUUCCAACCUGAACCGAAAAUUCUGGCAGCGGAGUCUCCUCAAGCAGACGAAAUGGAUCGAAAGUUCACAAGUAUGGAUGAUGGUAGCAUUGUCAGUAUGAGUUUGUCCAGUACUUCUGGUACCACCGAACCAAGAACCGUCAUCGAAUUGUCUCGAGCUGAUUCUGAGAGGAUGGAUGGUGGCAGUAUGUCCGUUUCUGGAAUUUCUGAUCAGUUGAGUAUUGAAGGAAGCUGUGACAGUUUAGUAUUCCAUCCUACCGCUCCCCUAGGAACUACUGAAACUGGUACGUCAACUGGACAAAUCGAAGGUAACUUACAAAUCGAAUCAAUUACGUUCACUACAUCGAUAGUACACGAAAGUGGGAUCAGAAGUGUGAGUACACAGGUGACUUCAGAGAGUCAUACUCCUGAAGAGGACCGUGCUAUCAAAACCGAAGAACCACUAAUGAAUGGAAAAUGUCCUCCUGAAACCAAAAAGAAAACUCACAGACGACAGGAGAGCACCAGUUCGUUUGUUCCACCGGUUUUAAGUAGCUUCGAUCAGAAAUUCCAUUCCGACCUAACAGAAAGCGACAAAUACACGGCGGAGCUGAGUUUUAAGGAAGUCAUCAGCGACGAAAAGAAAGAUAUCGAUGAACGCGAAAGAGAGGAAAGUUAUGAAACGGAAGCAGAUCAAGGUUUUCACCGCGACAUUCGUGAGGGUAAAUAUCACGAAACCGAAGAAGAAAUCAAAGACGAUACUCCGGAAUUUAGCUCAGAGACCCAAGCAAGUGUCGGAGAACUCGAACAAGAAUACACGUCCGCCUUAGCAAGAGCUCAGGAAGCUAAAAAGAAAUCAGAAACACCGGAUUUACAUCUUCAUAAAGAGCAAUUGGAAAAACGUGAUUCCCAUGGAAAGUCCAGCAGCACUUCUAGCGAAAAGUCGAGUUUCGAAGAAGCUGAAGCGGAAGCGGCUUUUAACAUGGUAGCACAUGUGUCUCCAGCUCACAAGAUUAAACAGAUUUGCCCUAUACUAGAAGACGAAGAUGCGGAGAAACACGAGUUGGAAACAAGGGAGAGAGCUCAAAAGGAAUAUGAGAAAAGGCGUUCACAACUUAGAGAUCAAAGUCCUGGAUCCAUUCCAGACAUUAAAGUAACACAACAUAUGACACCGUUGGUGGAUCGUAAUUUCCGAUACCCAGACUUGGAAUUGGAAGAGCAGGAAAGAGCGAAGGAGAAAGAAAAGGAAGCCGAAACACAGAAAUCUACACCACAAACUCCUUCGAGUAAGAGCUCGGAAGAUACGGAUCAAGGUCGCGAAUACGUACUUGAAGAUUCUGGCAUUUCAAUUCCUGAAGAGGCUGCGACGGAAUCGAAGAGUACCGUGAUUGAACAAACAGUAAAGGAAGAAGCUGAUAAGGACACAGAUUCUCCUAAUAGUGACUCUUUCGAAAUGUUGGAAAAGCCGGAUUUGAUUGACGAUUUCGUCGUGAUUGAAGAAGUCGCAAAAGAAGCACAGGAAUUUGAUUCUGAAGGGAAGAGCGUUUCGAUUCACCAAAAAAGUAAACAAAAACAACGGGCCAAAAAACACGACGAAGAAGUAGAAGCUUAUUUGACAAGGUCGGCUCCCACACCUCUGACGAGAAUGACGGACGUGAAGUUCUAUCCCGACGGAUCGUCCAGCGACGAACUCGGUUUUGAAUUUGAGGACAGUCCCCCAAUUAAUAACGAAGCUGCAGCAAGCAGUUACGAGAAGGAGCUUGAAGCUAACAAAAAGUGGAUCGAACAACAAUUCCAAGGGGAUCAAGCGGCCAGACUAGCGGCAGGAUAUGAUUACGAAAUGGAAUUUGAACGUGGGCCGUUAGAGGACAUCAAAGAAGAAGACAUCAACGAUUUCGAUCCGACCUCGAGUAGAAUAGGCAGUGUGGGAUCGCAGAAAGAAUCCGGAGGUAGUUUAGGCAGCGUGAAAGACUCCUAUUCGAGUACUCCAGAAUACGACGUUUUAGCCGGUCGGAAGUAUUUCACAAGAUCCGGAGAACAUGACGACAUUUCCAUGUCCAGUCUUCAAGAGUUUGAAAAUUUGGAACGAGCGAUGUCUUUAGAAAACAGGCGCUAUCAUCAAGGCUCCCAAGAUUCUUCCAGCAACGGAAGUUUCAAAACACGAUAUUACGCUAGCAAGUCGGGCCAAGGUGACGAUGUUUCUGUGAGUUCGUUGAAGGAAUUUGAGGGAUUGGAAAUGGCGUGUAUUGCGGCCCACAAAAUCGAAACUAAAGCUAAAGAGGAAGAGGCGAUGUUAGCUCAAAUCGACGAAGGUCAAGAAAGUAUCGCUUCGGAAUCUGAGAGUUGUGAAACCGUUUCGAGAACGGACAAGAAGAUAAUCCCCGACUCUGACGAAGAAGACUACGAGAAGAGAAUGUUUGAAAUUGACGAGAUCAUAAGACAAGCUCAAAGUAACGUUGAGAGGUUUAUAGAUUUGAAGGAAGCUGAUAAGACUGAGUCGUUAGGACGUGGUGAUUCGAUUGAAGAGGUUGCCAAAGUUCCAGAUUUAGAUUUAGAUGCUCCUAUAGUGAGGACGACUGUUAAAGUUCAGUGGAAAGAAAAUGAAGAUGUUAUGGUGACCUCAACGGAUUCGAUCGACGGUAAAGAAGAGAAGGAAAGUCAGCAUGAUAGUACCGACAGUCUUGAUCAAAAAACUUGUGCCGAUAUUAUGACUGCUAGUACGGAUUCUAUCGAGUUUCAAGCGAAAAAGAGUGAACCUGAACCUAUAAAUUUACUCAGUGACAGUAUUGAAAUCAAAGAUGAUAAAGAUGAAGCGUGUGGUAUGAUUUCCAGCGAUUCUCUAGAAUUAGCGACUAGGCAGUCUGAAACCAUGUUGGAAAGCACGGAUAGCUUAGCGGACCCAACUAGUUCCACAGCCACUCAUGCGACUUAUCAAUACGAAACCGACUCUGUUUUCUCUGGAAGUUUUACUAGUGGAGGGUCGAAUACCAUGGUAUCGUCGACAGAUACUAUCGAUCCAGUUCAAGUAGAUAUAGCCGCCGCAGCUCGAAAAGUGUGGUUCGAGGAAGAGACCGGAACUAGUCGAAAAUUUUCAACUGAAUAUAUCCAAGACAGCGGAAAACCUUACGUUACUGAAGUAAUUGAACCAAGCGACGACGAUGGUUUUUCGCACACUAUACAUAGACGGGUGGAACUGCCACCAGAAGUCAGAAAAGUCACUUUCUAUGGAAGUGACGCUGAUGAGAGAUUAAAACAAUUCAUUGAAGAUUUCAAUGAAGGCGAACAUGUCGAAGAAGUGCAAGAAGUGGAUGCUGCCGGUAACGUGCACACAAGGAGAGUCGUGCAAAAGCGAUUUAUUAUUAGAGGAGAAGAAGGGCCAGACAUGGAGGAAUUUAUAAAGAAAACUGUAGCUAGCAAAACUAACGAACUAACAUCAAUUCCCAAAGAAACGACAGGUGAGGAGUCCAGUCUUGCAGCAACAGGAGGACCACAAGAUUCCGCAUCGAAAGCCCAUGCAUCCCGUCGAAGGCAGCUUCGUUACGAAAUCAGUGUCGAUGAUCAGAUCGAAGUGGAUCCUCGAGAACACGACUGGCGUUUUAAUUUACCCAAACAUGCUGAAGGAGAGGAAUCUACCGCUAGUGGUCCACAAGAAGACACGACUUCGUCCCAACAAAGACCAGUAGCCGACCAGCACCAACUUUCUGAAGAAAUGAAGCAACUGCUUAAAGAACUAGAGAAAGAAAGCAAGCAAUAAGUGGACGUUCCCUAAUUAUCGUCAAUGUCAAAAUCAAUGUUACCUAUUGUAUUAUUAACAACAUAAACAUAUCUCGAUGUUUGACGAAUUAAAAACAACAAAACGCAAUAUGAACAAAAGAGAUCUUUGGCUUUCGCAUUAAAAAAAUGUUAUAGAUACUAUUCCUAUGCUUGCUCUAGAAGUGAGUGAUUAUACAAAAUGUUUAGUUGUGGCUCAAUUUGUUUUUUUCAUCAAUUGUCCAUGAAUUAUCGAUACAAAAACAUCCUGCCUGGAAUUUUGAACACUUUUGCCGGAACCGUGCGGGUAUCCGGUAUUAUUUUCGAUGUGCAAUUAUUUUCUACCCUUUGCCAUUUUACACUAAACAGAAAUAAUUCAAUUACGAUUGCAGGCUCGUAAUUGUAGUAUUUCGCGUACCAAAUUAGCAAUGAUGUACUUAUUUUAAUAUUGAUAGAAUUAUAAGCGGGUGAUUUCAUUUCAUCUCGUGUAACAAUAUCUUGCAAUUUGAUGCUAUUUUAUAAUUUAUUGCUGUUGGUUUUUGUUUUAAUUGUAUACAAUUUGUUAAGUAUUGCAAGUUAAUGUUACCGUAUUUAUUAAGAGGAAUAUUUGUAUAAAACGAACGAACAAAGAAAGGAGAAAGCAAAUUUAGAUUUGGAAUUUACUUGAUAGGAUUUCAUUAAUUAGCUUAAACUGAAUUUGCGGUUGUAAUUCCACAUUUUUCCAAUUGUUCCCAUUUGGGGUUUGUGGUUUUUCCCCAACGUGUAAACGAAACG